CAUUUUAUGAAUUUGAAAAAAUACCGAAACAGUGUACUUUCCUAUACGAAGUAUUACAAAGUUAUUAUUUGGAAAAUCUAUUUGUUUUGAUUCAUAGAAUGAGUCGUUUAAUUUUUAAUGAAAAUGCUCUGGAAGAAUUGGAGUAUCGACGCUGCACUUGGUGGAGUAGUUUUUUAGAAAAUUUAGCUGAACGGGACGAUGGAGAAGUUUACGAUGUGAAUUCACUUGAUAAAGAGUUUGACGACGAUUCCUCCAAUGAUGACGCAGAUGAAGCAGAGGAAGUGGAAGAUCUUGAGGAUAUCGAAUAUCACAAUCUAAUGAAUCAGUCAUCAGAGCAAGAAAAGACGACUUUUAUAAUGGAAUCGGAGGAAAUUCAAGAUAUUUUAAAUUCAACCCGUCCCAUAUUAAAAGAACAUGAGUUAAAAUUAAAGAAAACAGGUCUGGAAAAAGUUAUGAACACAUUUGAUUCUGUACGUAUUGAAAAAGAAGUUGGUGGAUGGAUGCGCCGACAGCAUAGUUUACAUAUUUCUAAAACUAAGAUACAAUCAACUUCUGAUACUGAUUCAUCAUUGUCUUGUGAAGACGAUCGCUAUGUACGAUCUGUACAAAAGUGCCAUCACAUGCGAAAACCUAAAUAUAAGCAGUGUUUUAAAAAAUGUAAAAAUUAUCAAACAUCUUACUGCACACAUGGAAUUUUUGUUGAACCAAAACCGCACAAGCUACAUAAUUGCAAUUGUUGCAAAUAUCAAUUAAAUUCAAUUAAAACUUCAAAAUAUUGGAAAAUGUCAAGUACCGGAGAACCAGAAAUUAUUGACAAACAACACGGAAAGUUAACCGUUUUUUCUGAAAAUAAAAGUAAAAAGCAUCAUUGUACACAGCAGGACAGUUCUAGUUCGGAUUCCGAUUGUGAUUUCCAAGGGGGAUUUUUGAAGCGGGAUAUGUCACCAGUGAGAGAAUCCCAAAACAGAUUUCUCACCAUGGCUACGGUGGAAGAACCUUUACUACAAAAAGAGAAAAGAAAUAGAUUGACGUCCAUGAUUGAAAAUGUGUACGAAACACCAACAAAAUCCAAGGCCGUAAAAAGUAAUAUUCCCAAUACAGCACCAUCUAGGAUCACUACAAAACGCACGGCUGCCGAGAAGGCGUUAUCACUACUAAAUACAAAUAAAAUAAGAAAUGCGAAAUCAAUCAAAUCAAAAAGUGUCGAUAAAACACAAAAAAAUGAAAAUAGUUCCUCAGAAUAUAACACAACAUUUGAAAACGAUAUUAAAAAAGCUAAAGCUCUAUCUUUAAAAACUCUCAAACAAAACAAUGACAAAUACAACUCAUCCAAAUCGCAACCAUGUACUUCGUCGGAAAGCACAAAUAACAACUUAUUUAAGUUAGUUGGAAGUUCUCGAAAUAAGAAAGUAAAAGAAUCUGCGUCAACUGUAAAAACAAUAAAGAAAGCGGAGAGGAAAAAUAAAACUCAAUCCAAAUCAAUUAAGAAGCAAAGUUGUUUGAAAAAAUUCGAUGGAAAGCGCGAUGAAGCGAAAGAGAACACUUUUCUUGCGCAUUCGGAAAAUAUUUGCAAUUCAACUGCGCUUAAUACUGCUGCUGCGCGUAAGCAACUACCAAGCCGUGUACCAGUUGUAGAAGAAAAUUUUGAGUGCUCACCUACUGCAACGCCUUGCAUAGAAAAUAAACAGCAUACGUUGCGGAAGAAAACCACUAGCCAUCUGUCACCUAUUGAAGAGAGUUCAACAAGUUCUUCAGAAGCAACUCCUAAGAUGACGACACAAUUUAAAAAUGCUUUCAGUUCAACAGCAAUUCCUGGUGCUGCAACUGCUAAAGAGUUAAUCGUAUUAUCUCCUCCUGCAGAAGAACAUGCUACACCUACCAAAGAAACUUCUAAAAUAGGGGUGCGUCAUGCCGUUACCGAACCACGUCGUAAACAAAGGCGGUUCAUGAAGAAUAAUAAAACAAUGGACUAUCGUUCCAACAUUUCGAAUACUACACUUGAAAGCGCCGUAAAAGCAAAUCGAAUAAUGCUAUAUACUCCGCAACGUAAGGCGCGUUCAAUGGAUGGCGAUUUCCAAGUAACUAAAGAACUUAUGAGCAGUAUUGUUGGAGAAAAGCAUGCACGCAGAUUUUUUAAGUACCAUAUUGGGCGUCUGACAUUUCCAAAAACUUCCACCAUAUAUUAUUGUCCACCUGAGACCGAGCUCUCGAGUUCAGAAAGCGAUGAAGAUCCACUGCAAAAGGCUGGGCGUUGCGGUGAACUGCAUGAAUCUGAACAACAGGACGACAGCAAUGUAGUGUAAAGUGAUUUUACCACAUUUUAUAUUAACCUUAGUUUAGUUGCACUCUUGUUUUGUCUUAUUUGCCAUAUAAACUCUAAAGUCUUUUAAAUAACCCAUGAGUAUUGAAUUGUUUGAUUAAUAAAAAAUGUGUUGUUUUUUUCAUACAUAA